GACUCCUGCACUGGGGCCCAGGUGCCCCUGGCUCUUCCAGGUCCUUUCUCUACAUGGUCUUUCUAUUCAUGCUCAGCUUUGACUUUCUGAUGGUGGCUUCUGAAGAGAACUCAUUGUGGUCCUCCCUCCCCACAGUUUCCCUUCCCACUUUGUUGUUGCUCAGAGAAGUGGCCUGAGCAGUCCUGGGAUAGGGGACACUUGUAGGCACUUGUGGUGGUAUUGUGUUCCCCAAAAUAUUGUGCACCCUAAUAAACUUAUCUGGGGUCAGAGACAGAACAGCCACUAGAUACAAAGGCUAGAAAAUGGUGGCACUCACACCUUUAAUCCUAGCAUUCCAGAGGUAGAAAUCCCUCUGGAUCUCUGUGAGUUCAAGGCCACAUUGGAAACAGCCAGGCAUGGUGACUUACGCCUUUAAUCCCAGAAAGUGAGCCUUUAAUCCCAGAGAGUGAUGGCAGAAAGCAGAAAGGUAUAUAAGGCGUGAGGACCAGAAACUAGAAGCAUUUUGGCUGGUUAAGCUUUCAGGCUUCUAGCAGCAGUUCAGUUGAGAUUCAUUCUGGAUGAAGACUCAGAGGCUUCCAGUCUGAGGAAACAGGACCAGCUGAGGAUCUGGUUAGGUGAGGUAGCUGUGACUUGUUCUGUCUCUCUGAUCUUCCAGCAUGCACCCCAAUAACUGACCUCAGUUUUGUUUUUAUUAAUAAGACCAUCUAAGAUUCAUGCUAUAGGCACUGACUGGAGAGGACAUUGGGCUGCCCAUCUCUCUGGGGCUUGGCCUGUACGUGGCAUGGCAAGCUUAGAUGUGGCUCUUGAAGGUGUCUGACUGGUGUCUGAAGUCAAUUUCCAAGCUGUCGUUCAUCUAUUGAGAUCCUGUAGUAUGGCAGUCUCUGUUCCAAGUAGUGGCCAGGGUACAGGGAUGAACCACUGACCUAGUCUCAGCUGAGAGGAGCUUUUAGGAGAGAGAGGAAGCUAACCAGUAGCUCAGUGAAGAAGAUGAUUACAGGCUAUGAGACCGGCCCCAGAGGAGGUACAAAGUGUCUGUUAAUAGUGGCACUGGAGGACCAGAGUUUGGAUGGGAACGCAGGACUCUUAAUUCCAAGGUCUGCGCCUCCCAGCUCUCCUUGUUGGUGUAGAACUGUGGUUCUCAACCUUCCUAAUGCCACAACCCUUUAAUACAGUUCCUCAUGUUGUGGUGACCCCCAACCAUAAAAUUAUUUUUGUUGCUACUUAAUAACAAUAACUUUGCUACUGUUAUGAAUCAUAAUGUAAAUAUCUGAUUUGCAGAAUGUCUGAUAUACAAUCCCUGUGAAAGGGUCAUAUGACCACCGGAGGGGUUGCGACCCACAGGCUGAGAAUCACUGGUGUGGAGGCAUGAGAUCAAGCUACCUCUCAGGAGGACUGAGUGCUUGACAGCCUGAGCCAGGCCAGGCCUGCAGGUGGAGAAUCACAAGUUGAAGGCAUAAGCUAGCUUAGCUAUUCCAGGUGACUAUCUCUGAGCUGCCCCUGGUAAGCAGCUAGCUUUUCUGAAGAUCAGUAAGCCCCAGUCUUGAUCUAAGAGUCCAGAUUCGUGCAUGCAGCAGCUUUGUGUGAGGCAGCCUUGUGUUUUCUCUCUGGUUAUUUUCAGCAUCUAAGGAGGCUCAGCUAGGAUAUUGGCUGGUGCCUUCAGGGGACUGUUUUUUUAAUGAACUCCUCCCCUGUACCUCCUCAUUGUCCCCAAUCCCUUUCCUGAUAGCUCAGAUUUAGCCCUCAAACAGACUGAGAAAUUACUACCUUUAUUGUCCUUUCUGAAAUUCUGGCCACUAGUGCUCAGAGAUCUUUUGGGCAUCACUGUGUACAGAGCUUCAGGUGACUCAAAAAAGCUUGAUGGCAGGCCAAGGUCUGUGAUUGCCCAGAGCAUCUUCAUGAAGUCUUCUAGACCUUCCUGUCAAAUCUUGAGGCAUGGUCCCUGGUCCCACUCUUUGGAUUUGCUUUUCUUAGAAAGCCAUUGGACCCUUAGCUUUAUGGAGAGACAAGUCUUCUUUCCAUAAACCUAGUGAUGCUUCUUUAAUAGCCAAAGAGUAAAUAGCCUUGGAAACUUGUCUCAUCCCUGUUUGAUGCAGUGAGGAAAAAUUUAAACUAUUUCUCUCUCUCUCUCUCUCUCUCUCUCUCUCUCUCUCUCUCUCUCAGAUUUAUUUUUAUUUCAUGUGUAUUGAUGUUUUUGCCUGCAUAUUUGUCUGUGUGAGGGUGUCAGAAACCCUGUAUCUGGAGUUACAGACAGUUGUGAGCUGCCAUGUGGGUGGUGGGAAUUGAACCCCGAUCCUCUAGAAUAGCAGCCAGUGCUCUUAACCGCUGAGCCAUCUUUCCAGCUCAGUUAUUUAAUCUCUUAAAGAGGUUGGAGGAAUCAGUUGACUCUAAGCUUUCUCACCCCCUCCUACCCACCUACUGUAACUUCUAAGUCGUUCAUGCAGGGAUGUUUUGAUCCCCUGCUGGGCUGGAAGUCUCUGCUACUAAACAGUUGAUUUUCUUGGUGGUGAGGGAGCUUGUUACCAUUCGUGUUUGUUAUCCUUAUCUUCCAGUAAAAGGGCAUCUAUAAUCACUGUGUAUGUAGAAAAGAGGCCUACAGAAGAUCUAGGGGAAGAACAAUCCAUUGAAAAAUAGACUUUUUUCUCCUUAAAACUUUACUAGCCCAGAUGUGUUAGGGUUUGUUGUAGCUUUACAUUCACAGUUCCUUCUAGUUCUUAGGAUGACUUUGGGGUUCAGCUGUAUUCAGCAGGAUGGGGGAGUUGGGUCUGCGUCUUCAAUUUGCAGGCUUUUUGCUUCCUGUCUCCUACCUGGGGCCCUGGAGUUCUGGGGCCCAUCUUAGUCACUGUGAGAAUGUGGCCAAGAGUUUUGGGGACCCAGGUGUUGCUUAGCUUCUGGGUAUCAUUGCUCCUAUUUGGAAUGUGCCAUUCACAUUCUUUACAGCCCAAGCAUACUUUCAGACCUCCCUUUAUGGGGUCAGUAUGUGGUGUGUGCAUGUGUGCAUGUAGGCCCUUGUAGACGCUAGAAGUGGAGGUCAGAUCCCUGAACCUGAAGUUAGAGGGAGUUGCGCACUGCCCUCCAUGGAUGCUGGGAGCUGAACUUGGGCCCUCUAGAAGAGCAGUAACCACUCUUACAUGUUGAGCCAUCUUUCUAGCCCUUAGACCAGAGCGGAGCAGGGGGGUGGGCUCAGGGCUGGCGCUGUGGCCUAGGAAGCAAUGCCACUGUUCCCAGACAAGAGAGUGAACCUCUGCAACAGUCUAGUCCACUUGCCCAAAUCCACUGGGCAAGGCGGGGUAGAGCUGGCAAAAUUGGAAAGCACACAGAAGAGCGUUCUAGGGGGAUGAGGAACACUUUCCAUGGAACUGGAGCUCAGCAAGGCCUGGUGCCUUUGGGGAAGGACAGGCUCAUGUUUAGGAGCAUCUAGGACCUGGGGACAAAUAGCCAGAGCAACCAGUGAAGGGUGGUCUGUGUCUUCCCCCCUGUCACACCAGCACCCACCAGACUGACUUUGCCUUUCCAGCCCUGUGUGCUGAGAUUUCCUCCCAACUUUCCUCUCAUUUCCCUUGAUUUUGACUUCAAGGAUGGACCUGUUCUGCCCCAGCUGGGACAGCCUAGGUGCAGGAACCACCCUGUCCCCUGUCCCUUCAACAUUGUAUCUUCCUUUAAUCUUUCCCCCAUGCUUGUUAAAGAUGGCUGCAUACUAUUCUAUCUAUCCAGAGAAUAUUUUCCGUGAGCUGGGAGCUUGUAAUGGAGCAGGUUUUCGAUUGCUUCUAAUUUUUAUUCUUUCAGCUAAUGCUGCAUUAAGCAUCUUUGUGUAUUACAGAAUCAUUUCAUUAAGUUGGCGUUUAUCUAGCUAAUGGCAAUGGCCCAAGAUUUGACAGAAUCGGAUUUUCUUUUUUUCAAAUAGAAUGCUGUGAAAAAUGUAUUUUAAAAAUGUACUUCAUGCAGGAGCCAGUCUUUGUUGUAUUUUUCAUGAGUGAAGAAGCCGGGUAACUAAUGUGAAAGGAGGUAUAAGCAAAAAGUGGCCAUAAUUUAUUUGUCUGUGUGGGGAGCUUGAAUCAAUAAAUCCUCUUAAGGAGCAAUCAGCCUAUGAAAACCGAGGACGUUUUGUCUCCCUACACCUGAUGCUUUGAUUAAAAUAAUCAUGAAAUAAAGCAUGGAUUCCCUUAAGGGUGCUUUAAGAAAUGCCCCAAGACAAGGAAGUAAAUAAAUUUUUUUUCUUGUUGACCUGUGAUCUUCCUGCAUCAGUGUCCCUAGUGCUGGGAUUGCAAGUGUGGACCACCAUGCCCAGCUGCAAACAUCAUUUCAGAGGGAAGAAAGAUCACCCCUGAGUGAACAGGUGGUGGAGGGCACUGCACAUGUGUGGAAAGGAAAGGCUUUGAUCUUGGCUUUUUGUUGGCCAUCAGGAAGUGACUAGGGUAAAACCAAUAGACACCACGACUUGGUCCCUGGUACUGGGUUGAGCCUUAGGUCAACACUGGAUUUGGGGUGUUGGCUUUGUUAAUUUUUUUUCAGUACUGGGCUUGGAACCCAGGGCCUCAAAUAGGCUGCAUCCACAGUGCCUUGCUCCCGUUUCUGCUAUUUCUGUUUUUGUGGACCCUGGCUCUAGGCUUUAUGAUUCAUCUUAAUCCAGCAAAUGUUUACUGAGUCUACAUACUAAGUAAGGUUGCAACGAGUAAACACUGGGGAGAAAGAUCCCAGAACCCCUUGUUCCUGAGAAGCUUGUGACCUGGGAAUGGACCCACACAACAGGCUGAAGGAUGCUUAUUCAAGAGAUUAAAAUGCCGGCCCACCCACCUCUUAAGAAAGGGAGUCAAGGAAGGUUUGUGGAGGUGGCUGAUUUUUGUCAACACCUUGAAAGGGUGGGCUGAAGUGCAGGGUAAGCAUUUCCAGCAGAUGUAAAAGCUCAGGGAGAGAACAGGCUGUAAGGAUAUGAGCUGUGUUGCGGUUCCAUCAAAAUAUUGGGCGUGUGCCCCAAUGUUCACAGCUUGCACUUUAGGCUAACUCUUUUUUGGGUGCAGCUGUUUCUAGGUGUGAUUCUAAAGCCUGUAUGAACUGGCUCAUAUAAUCCACACAGGGUCUCGAAUGUCUGCCUUUCCAUUUUACAGACAAGUAAGCUAAGACUUGUAGCAAUGAGUUAACUACCCAGGAUCACACAGCUAGUGGCCACGCCCAUACACCUCGAGGCUCUGUGUUGCUAACCACAAAAGCUCCCUUCUCAGAUGCCCUGAUUGGGGAACAGUGGGCAUGAGAGCUGAAAAGAAGCAGAUGCUAUAUGCUUAGGGGUUCAGGGAUGCAAGAGGAGGGUCGGAGAUGGUGAUGAUGCGGAGUUGCCCGUGAGGCUCAGACAGAAGUGAGAAGGCCUCUAGGGAGGGCAGCAGGGCCUCUUCUGACGGUGCUGGGCACUGUUGGAGCACAGCCACUGGACUGCACUGUCCCAUCGUGUUAUCUGUAGAAAGCAGGGAGUAGGACAAGGGGGACAGAAGAGAGCCAGCCCUGCUCAUUUGGCAGACCCAGGAGCUUUUCUGCAGCCUGAUUACUUGGGAAAGCUGUUUUCAUGCUGAGACCUGAGUGUGACUCCUCCCCCACCCCAAGUGCUGUGGCAAUCGCUGUUUUUCCUCGAAAAUUGGGCCCAUGUGGGUUCUGUGUGGUUCCCUUUUUAUAGCCUUAUUACCUUGUCCCCAUGAUGUAAGAAGCUUCUCUCCCUCUUUAAGCUUUGCUGUGAAAAUUGGUUCUUAAAAGGCGCAGAGAGUUUCUCAUCACCUGGGUGGUGCUGUCUGUGGCAGCACUUUCCUGCACGCGCCACAUGCUUCUCUGCCACCACUUGUCUUGGGUCCCUGAUCGUCAGCAGUUUACUGAGAACUCUGGGUAACUCUUGAGUCUCACUAACUGUUGCCUGAUUAUUCCUGGGAGAGUUUGUGCUUGUAAAUACUCAAUCAAUUCCUUCCUUCCUUCUUUCCUUCCCUCCUUCCUUCCUUCCUUCCUUCCUUCCUUCCUUCCUUCCUUCCUUCCUUUCAUUUUUUUCUUUUCAAGACAGGGUUUCUCUGUGUAGCCCUGGCUGUCCUGGAACUCGCUCUGUAGACCAGGCUAGCCUCAAACUCACAGAGAUCUGCUUGCUUCUGCCUCUGGAGUGCUGGGAUUAAAGGCGUGCACCACCAUACCUGGAUGUGCCUAUCUUUUGGACCAAUCACCGAUGGGCCAGGGAGGGAAGUGUUCCUAUCCUUGUCCAGGCAAGCAGCCUGUUUAGGAUCUGCACCAGGGCAGAUGAGGUGGUGUUGGCUACAGUGUACGCUUUUGGAGCCAAAUUUAAGAUUUCAAAUGUGGAACCCUAGGCCUUCAUUGGAUUUUGGAAGAAGUUGACUGGCUGGAAGAAAGCUAUAAAACAUGAAAGUCACUUUGAGGUGACCAGCAAGCACAUCGGUCCCUUGUACCUCCCACGCUGGAUCGAAGCUUAAGAACUGUAACCUCAGAUGUGGGAACUCAGGCCCAGAGGGUGGGAGUGACAGCCCUAGUCCAAUCCUGUGGAGCUUGGAGCCCUUGGCAGCCCACUGGGCAACCCCUCUGCAGCAGGGUUUGGAGUUAGAGUCCCUUACAAGUACUUUCCUUCCAAUGGCGGACCAGAGAAUGGACAUCUCCUCCACAAUCAGUGACUUCAUGUCCCCAGGCCCCACCGACCUGCUCUCCAGUUCCCUGGGCACCAGUGGCGUGGACUGCAACCGCAAGAGGAAAGGCAGUGCCACCGACUACCAAGAAAGUAUGGACACAGACAAAGAUGAUCCUCAUGGAAGGUUAGAAUACGCAGAACACCAAGGAAGGAUCAAGAAUGCAAGGGAGGCCCACAGUCAGAUUGAAAAGAGGCGUCGGGACAAAAUGAACAGUUUCAUUGAUGAAUUGGCUUCUUUGGUACCAACAUGCAAUGCGAUGUCCAGGAAGUUAGAUAAGCUCACCGUGCUAAGGAUGGCUGUUCAACACAUGAAGACAUUGAGAGGUGCCACCAACCCAUACACAGAAGCAAACUACAAGCCUACAUUUCUAUCUGAUGACGAACUGAAACACCUAAUUCUCAGGGCAGCAGAUGGAUUUUUGUUUGUCGUAGGAUGUGACCGAGGGAAGAUCCUCUUUGUCUCCGAGUCUGUCUUCAAGAUCCUCAAUUAUAGCCAGAAUGACCUUAUUGGCCAGAGUUUGUUUGACUACCUGCAUCCUAAAGACAUUGCCAAAGUCAAGGAACAGCUCUCUUCUUCAGACACCGCCCCCCGGGAGCGACUCAUUGACGCAAAGACUGGACUUCCGGUUAAAACAGAUAUAACCCCCGGGCCGUCCCGACUGUGCUCUGGAGCUCGCCGCUCUUUCUUCUGUAGGAUGAAGUGCAACAGGCCUUCGGUGAAGGUGGAAGAGAAGGACUUCGCCUCCACCUGCUCAAAGAAAAAAGCAGAUCGAAAAAGCUUCUGCACCAUCCACAGCACAGGCUAUCUGAAAAGCUGGCCACCCACAAAGAUGGGGCUGGACGAAGACAACGAGCCAGACAACGAGGGCUGUAACCUCAGCUGCCUCGUCGCAAUUGGCCGAUUGCAUUCACACGUGGUUCCACAGCCGGUGAAUGGGGAAAUAAGGGUGAAAUCUAUGGAGUAUGUGUCUCGACACGCUAUAGAUGGGAAAUUCGUUUUUGUAGACCAGAGGGCAACGGCUAUUUUGGCAUAUCUACCACAGGAACUUCUAGGCACGUCGUGUUAUGAGUAUUUUCAUCAAGAUGACAUAGGACAUCUUGCAGAAUGUCACAGGCAAGUUUUACAGACAAGAGAAAAGAUCACAACUAAUUGCUAUAAGUUUAAGAUCAAAGAUGGUUCCUUUAUCACACUACGAAGUCGAUGGUUCAGUUUCAUGAACCCGUGGACCAAGGAAGUAGAAUACAUUGUCUCAACCAACACUGUUGUUUUAGCCAACGUCCUGGAAAGCGGGGACCCAGCUUUCCCGCAGCUUACAGCGUCCCCCCAUAGCAUGGACAGCAUGCUGCCCUCUGGAGAAGGUGGCCCAAAGAGGACUCAUCCCACUGUUCCAGGCAUUCCAGGGGGAACCAGAGCUGGGGCAGGAAAAAUAGGUCGAAUGAUUGCAGAAGAAAUCAUGGAAAUCCACAGGAUAAGAGGGUCAUCGCCUUCCAGCUGUGGCUCCAGCCCACUGAACAUCACAAGUACGCCUCCCCCUGAUGCCUCCUCUCCAGGAGGCAAGAAGAUUCUAAAUGGAGGGACUCCAGACAUUCCUUCCACUGGCCUACUACCAGGGCAGGCUCAGGAGACCCCAGGUUAUCCAUAUUCUGAUAGUUCUUCUAUUCUUGGUGAGAACCCCCACAUAGGCAUUGAUAUGAUAGACAACGACCAAGGAUCAAGUAGUCCAAGUAACGAUGAGGCAGCGAUGGCUGUAAUCAUGAGCCUCUUGGAAGCAGAUGCAGGCCUGGGUGGUCCUGUUGACUUUAGCGACUUGCCAUGGCCACUGUAGACACUACAUUUUGCUUUGGCAACAGCUACAGUAUCAAAGUGCAUUACUGGUGAAGUUUUACAGUCUGUGAAGCUUACUGGAUGGGGAGAGAACAGCUUUUAUGUACUGACUCCAUAAAAGCCAUCUCAGAGCCAUUGAUACAAGUCAAUCUACCAUGUGUAACUUCAGACAAAGUGGAACUAAGCCUGCUCCAGUGUUUUCUCAUCAUUGAGUUUGGGCUAGCUGUGGAUAGCUUGCAUUAAUUGUAUAUUUUGAAUUUUGUUUGUGUUGAAUUUUUUAAUCAUUGUGCACAGAAGCAUCAUUGGUAGCUUUUAUAUGCAAAAUGGUCAUUUCAGAUGUAUGGUGUUUUUACACUACAAAGAAGUCCCCCAUGUGGAUAUUUCUUAUACUAAUUGUAUCAUAAAGCUGUUUAUUCUUCCUUGUAAGAAUCCUUUACUAUAAAUAUGAGUUAAAAGUAUAAUGUAUUAGACAGUUAAAUAUUUUUAAUAAAUGUUUCCCUUGUUCUAUAA